CCCGGCCGGACUUCCGCCGGGAGCUUUGUGCGCCCGGCUUCCUCGCCCCGCCCGCGCUGGCCUUGGUGCGACGGUUAAAGCCCUCCGGGCCAGCCGCUGCGGUCGGGCCAAGGUUCCGCGCCGGGCGUGGACGGUGUGGGGCUGUCCCGGCCCCGCAGAUCCUCGUUCCUAGCUGCCUGCCAGCGUCCUCGGCCCGGCCCUGAGGAUGGACCCAGGAGAUCCCGCUGGUGACCCUGCCGCUGGCGAGCGCCGCCGCAUGGGCCAGGACCCCCUCCUGCUCCUGCAGGCCCUGCAGACCCUGUGGUCCACACGGGAGCGGCAGCAGCUCCGGGAGGAAGCCUGGCGGGGGUUUGCUGCCUUGGACGACCCCCUGGCUGGGCUUCUGGACAUGCUGGAGAGCUGCCGGGGCCAGCGGGGAGAAGGCCCCUCCCUGGAGGCCUGGAUCUCCCACCAGCUGCAGUGCUGGCUACAGGCACAGCCACGCCCGAGCCUGGCCCAGCACAGCCUGAGGCUGAAGCAGCUGCAGGCCCGAGCGGUCAAAGUCCUCACUGAGAGCCCCCCGAGCCUUGCGGCACCACUGGCCAGCAUCUUCCAGCUGCAGGAUGCAGACAGGAGCUGCCUGCUGGCGCACGUCCACCGCCUCCACCACGAGGGCAGGUUCAGAGAAGCAGCCACGCUGGGCGCGACGUUGAAGCUGCAGUCGGAGCUUGGCAUUGAAAAGAUGAGCGUCCCACUGCUCCUCCAGGACAAGGUGGCCCUCGUGGAGCGCUACGUGGCCGGCUUCCCGGAGCUCCAGAGGAGGCUGCUGGCCCUCAUGGAUUCCUGGUGCCAGCCCGGCUUUGACAUCAAGGACGUUGCCAGACAGUACCCUGAGGUGAGCUCCUUGAGCCUGGAGAAGCUGAGUCCGAAGGUGCUGAGCAGGCAGGUCUUGCGUCUGCAGGAGCGGUACGGCGUAGCCCCAGCGCUGUGUCCCAACGCGGCCAUUCAGCAGCGCCUGGCGGCCCUGCGGCACCUAUGCCACAAGCGGUUUGUGGAGAAGAGCCUGUCCCAGGAGAACUGGACCGACCACGUGCAGGCAGGACAGAUGCUGCAGGCCUCAGGUGGACGGCUGCCCCUCCUCCCCGAGUGCUCACAGCCAGUCUGCAAGGGCCUGGUGGGGCAGAGCCCGUGGCUUCAGGAGCAGCUGUCUCAGCUGCUGGUCUCCCACAGUGACCCAGUCACGGCCGCCCAGUGUGCCAUGGACCUCUUGCUGCCCGAGGAGCGGCUGCCGGCUGCGGUGGCUGUGGAACUCCGCCGGUUCAGGCUCCAGGGGAGGGCGACUGAGGCUGACUCGAGGCUGGAGGUGAAGGACGUGAAGGACCGUUACUACCAGCUGCCCAUCCCCAGGGAGAACGUCCACCUCCUGGCCUCGUGGGAAGACUUGACCAGACACGAGGGUGCACUCCUGCAGCGCCACCAAGUGGUUGGUAUAGACCUGGAGUGGACGCCUGUGUUUGUUGCUGGGGGCCGGCCUCGGCCGUCACUCCUGCAGGUGGCCGUGGAGGGCCACGUGUUCCUUCUGGACGUCCUGGCACUCUCGCAGCCACCAACAGGGCAGGGAGCCCAGGCCUUUUCCCAGCUGGUGGCCCAGCUCCUCUCAGACCCCUCUAUCACCAAGCUGGGCUACGGGAUGGUGGGGGACCUGCAGAAACUGGGCACGUCCUGCCCCGCCCUGGCCCAUGUGGAGAAGAAGAUUCUGGGCGGCAUGGACCUGCUGCUGGUGCACAGACAGAUGCGGGUGGCGAACGUGCCAGCCCCAGGCGUGGACAGGGCCAGGGAGCUGAGGGGCCUGAGCCUCCUGGUGCAGCAGGUGCUGGGCACAGCCCUGGACAAGACGCAGCAGCUGUCCAACUGGGACCGGAGGCCGCUCUGCGAGGAGCAGGUCAUCUACGCAGCUGCCGACGCCUACUGCCUGCUGGAGGUGCACCAAGCCCUGUGCAGAGAGCCCUCCCGCUUCCACCUGUCAGAGGACCUGGCUGGGAGCCGGAGGCCAAGGCACAGAGAGAGACCAGGGGCACAGAAGCCACCCGGCCUGCAGAAAGCGUCAGCACCGGCCCCACCCAGGCAGGUCCCUGUGGCUGUGGCUGUGUCUGAGGGCGCCGCCCCUCAGGUCCCGGCCAGGGCCUUCCGUGUGGUAUGUGACAACAUGCUGCAGGGGCUGGCACGGAGCCUCCGCUGUCUCGGUGUGGAUGCACGCAUGCUGGGCAAUGGUGAAGACCACCGCAGGGCGGCCGAGGUUGCCAGGCAGGAGGGGAGGAUCAUUCUGACGUCGGGGCAGCCAUUCCACAAGCUCCGGGCCCAGGUCGGGGCUGGGCGCUGCCUCUCGGUCGACUGCUCCCUGAAGGCCCAGCAGCAGGCCAAGGCUGUGCUCAAGCAUUUCAACGUGCGCGUCACCCACGCAGACAUCUUCAGCCGCUGCCAGACCCAGAGCUUCGAGGAACGAGCACAGGGCUGGGGUACGGGGCACCCGGAGAAGCCCCGCCUGGGCCUCAGCACCCCCUCUGGCCCCCAGGCCUGUAACUGUGACCAGUACCUAAAGGUCUCCAGGGACAUGAUGAAGCAGCUCAUGUGGCUCAGCAGCCACCAGGAGGGGCCCAGGAGCUCAGGUGACGAGGCCACCCAGAGCCAGGCAGUGCAGGAGCCAGGCCCAGUCCCAGACGCAGCCCCUGAGGGCUGCACCUAUGACCGCCCCUGCCGCUGGCUGCAGAUGGCUGACCUGCGGGCGGAGACACCGGACAUGCUGGCCGACGGCACCCGGCUGCAGCUGGCAGGGGUCCCGGUGGGUGUGCUGAGGACACCCGGGCUGCGGUACUUCUACUGCUGCACGGGCUGUGGAAAGGUCUUCUGGGACGGCUCCCACCUGGGUCGUGUUGCCACCCACUUCCGAGACGUGCUGGAGAGCGCCCCCAGCCCCUGCGAGCCGAGCCCAGCCCCCAGCCCGGCCAGCAGCCCCUUCUGAGGACAGCCAGACAAUAAACAUGGAAAGUGCCCGACUGCUGGGCCCAUGGCCGUGGA